AUGGCGUCCUACCUCGAGAAGAUGCGCCGCCAGUCCAAGCAGCUCUUUCCACAGAGCAAGCAGAAGCCUGGCCCCCCACCAAUCGCGGAUCCUCCCAAGGUUGCCGAGUCUGCUACACCAAAAGUAGAAGACGCUGCUGUUCCCAAGAUCGACGAACCUACUGCAGAACCCAGCGGGCCAAUUCCCGAGCCGCCUGAGCCGACCGUCACAGAAGCAAGCGAAGAGGUAGGCAGCGACCCAGUUCUGGAUCCCGAAGAUCAGAAGUUCCUGGAGAGACUUGCGGCCAUAGCUGCAGAGCCCGAAGGCACGCCUCCACCUCUGCCUGAGCGCACGACAGUAGUCGACGACACGGGCGAGAAGAAGGUCGGCAAAGACGCACAGGAAGCGCUCAUGGAUGGCGCAGAUAAAGUUCCUCUCCCUUCAAGCCCCGCUGCGACAGCUGGUGACGCUAGUAACAAGGGCAAAGGCAAGGCUCCCGAGGGUGGUCUUGGCCGCAAAAAGAGCGUCCUGUCGUACUUUUCAUUGCCCAAGUUUAACAAAAAGGACGGCGACAAGGCAAAGGACAAGCCAUCGCAGGAGAAGAAGACGGUAUUCACAGACAAGGAUAGGGCCCAGUUUGCAGACCAUCUCCAAGCUGCCGCCGAGGCGGCCAAAACGACUGAGCUCGCGGAUGCCCAAAAGCAGGACAAGGAGCUCACCGAGAUACUGGACCAGCUGAAUCUCUCGGCUGUCAACAACCGCGUCUUCAGCUUUAGUAAAGAGUCGGAGGAGCUGCUCACCAAAUUUACCCAGGUCCUCAAAGACCUUGUCAACGGCGUGCCGACGGCCUACAAUGACCUCGAGAAGCUCUUUACCGACUACGACAACCAGCUCAAGAAGAUGUACGCUGGCCUGCCGCCGUUUUUGCAGAACCUCGUCAAGAGCCUGCCAGCCAAGCUUACGGCAACGCUGGGCCCAGAGUUUAUGGCUGCGGCGAGCGAGAAGCCUGGAUUCGACGCCAAGACGGCAGCCGAAGGAAGCAAGGCCAAGGGCAAGCGAUCGAUGCUGCCUCAAGUCCCGAACCUCAAGUCUCUGGUUUCCGUCCAGGGCGCCGUCGCCACGGCCCUCCGCAGCAUCGUCAACUUUUUAAAAUUCAGAUUCCCCGCGCUGGCCACGGGAACCAAUGUCAUCAUGAGCCUGGCGGUAUUCACCCUCCUCUUCGUCUUCUGGUACUGCCACAAGCGCGGCCGCGAAGUCCGCCUGGAAAACGAGCGUCUGGCGGCGGAAGAUGAAAACCGUGCUAGCGCCAGCGGCGCGUCGUCAGUCAAGGACGACGAGGUCGACUCGAUUUUCGGGUCGCAAAUCAGGAACGCAGAGGGAAAGAGUACCCGCCCGAGCACCCCGCCGAAGGAGCCGCUUGUUAUUAGUGACGGCAAGGAGAAGACGGCUGUGGAGGAUAUGCCGAGUGUGUCGCAUCUGCCCGAUCCAAAGUCGGGUGAGGCGCCAGCUGUGCCGCCGCCUUCGUCAGGGGGGAAGUAG